CAGAAACUCCCGAAACUGCAAGAGGACGACAAGAGCGGCGUUCGUUCUCACUAGUAUGUCGAUUCCAUCGGGCUACACAUCCACUUCUGAGCAGGAAUGUAGUGUUUAUCUAGACUAACAAGUGGAAUAUUCUUCAGUUGAUUUACCCACGAAGUUCGGGAGGCGUUUUAUUUGGUGUCUUGGACGUUGACCAAUCAGACAGCUGCAUGUGGAAGGUCUCAGCCAAUGAUGGAGGCCUGGCCAGCAGCCUGGGUCCUACUUUUAACGCUAAUCGCUGAUUGGCUGGAAGCGGCUCAAUCGCGGGACUUCACUGUGAAGGACAUCAUCCUCCUCCAUCCAUCAACCACACCUCAUCCUGGAGGGUUCAAGUGUUUCACAUGUAAAGAUGCACCAGACAACUACGAAUGCAAUCGCUGGGCUCCGGACGUAUACUGCCCACGAGAGACCAGGUACUGCUACACCCUCCAUGUGUUGGACGUCCAAGGGAACACUGUGUCUGUGACCAAACGCUGCGUGGCCCCGGCCCACUGUCUGUCUACAGGCUGCACCCAGGACAACCAUGAAGGAUACAAGGUCUGCACUGCUUGCUGUGAAGGAAACAUCUGUAACAUGCAGUUGCCAAGAAACAAGACAGACGCCAUCUUUUCCACCACCUCUCUCCUCCACAGCAGUAACGGUCUACUCACACACUACUGGCUGCUCACUGGCUGUCUGAGCUCUACCGUCAUCAGUGUCAUGCUAUCCAACAGUCUAUGACAUCUAACACUCCUGCCGUCAUCAGCGUCAUGCUAUCCAACAGUCUAUGACAUCUAACACUCCUACCGUCAUCAGCGUCAUGCUAUCCAACAGUCUAUGACAUCUAACACUCCUACCGUCAUCAGCGUCAUGCUAUCCAACAGUCUAUGACAUCUAACACUCCUACCGUCAUCAGCGUCAUGCUAUCCAACAGUCUAUGACAUCUAACACUCCUUCUGCAUGGUAGAGGAAGUAGAUGUAAAGUUUGAUCACCAGAUAUUUGGUGUUAUAAUUUUAAGAAGUUGCUUUUCUGUUGUUUAAUUUAUUUAAUUUUUCCUAUUUUAUAACCGAGACAGUAUUGACGGAAUCUUCUAGAUUUUGUCUCAUCGUAAGAAGUUCUCCUGUUAUAUUUACUGGAUUCUAUGUGCGGUAUGUGAUAUAUGUACAUAGUAUUUAUUUUGUAUAAUAAUUGUUAAAUACCUGUAGUUAACAUUGGAUUCAGGUAGAAUGAAAAGUGAACUAGGUUGCAGUGUGGUGUUUUUGUUCCUGGAGUCGUGUGAUUGGUUGGUUUAGGCUGUGUGCCCACCAUACCCAUGAGACUGAUGACUGAUCAUUUCCUCUCAACCCAUUGGCUAUCUGGCGCUGGAAGAUAUGACGUCAACCAUAACACUACAACGUUGUAAUGUUUCUGUAUUUCUCACAGUUCUGUCCAAUAGAAAGGUUGCCACUUAUUGAUUAGCAUGUCGUCUUGAGGAUGAUGGUCUAAACAUCCUGUACAGAUCCCAUAUACCAGGUUUGGUAAACAUUGUGUUCACCAUUAAAUGUAUCAUACCAGGUUUGGUGCACAUUGUGUUCACCAUUAAAUGUAUUGUUUGCCUGAACAUGUUUCUACAGUAUAAACAGUAUCCACAUAA